AAACACAUGUACACACUGAGAUGAGACGUAGAAGAAGUAACAACGUAUAAUUUAUAAUACAAUGUUUACAGUUAUAAUGUAGACAUGAUAUUAAAUUAGUAACAUUAUAAGUCAGUAGCAGUAGUUGUUAUUUUCUGUGGUUUACACAGUUAUGGACGGGGUCCGGUGGGCGUUCCGGUGCGGUUCAUGGGUCCCGACCCGUUCAGAGUGGAUACUAGCGGCUCGCUGCGUGCAGCUGGAAGAAAAAGAGAGAAUUGGACAUUUUGUGUUUGCCAAAGAUGCGAAAUCUGCAAUGGCUGGACGUCUUCUUAUCAGAAAGCUGGUGUGUGAGAAGAUGGGUUAUGCAUGGGAUGGAUUUCGACUGGAACGUACAGCGCGGGGUAAACCCUACCUGCCACGCCCCUCACCUUCCACAGGCCACGCCCAUAGUCAAACCCACUGGAACUUUAACGUGUCCCAUCAAGGAGAUUACGCGGUGCUGGCAGCCGAACCUGGACGACAGGUGGGCGUUGAUGUCAUGAAGACCAGCAGACCAGGUAGUAGCUCAACACAGGAGUUUUUCCGCAUUAUGAAUCGUCAGUUCACAGAUCUGGAGUGGACGAAUAUCCGGAAAGCCGGGUCGGACUGGGACCAACUGGACACGUUCUACAGACACUGGGCAUUGAAGGAAAGUUUCAUCAAAGCGAUCGGCACAGGGCUGGGCUUCGACCUGCAGAGGGUGGAGUUUCACAUUUCACCCAAUCAGAUGCGAGAGGGUCAAGUGUACCGCCAGACACGAAUGUACCUGGAUAAUGAAGAAGAGGAGUGGACGUUUGAGGAGAGCUUACUGGAUAAAGAUCAUCAUGCUGCCGUGGCUCUGGGGAAGCAAGAUAUCUGCACAUCUAAAGAAGAUGAGGCCACGCCCCUUUCAUUCACACUUUUGAGUUUCAAUGAUCUGGUAUCUAGAGCCACACCCCUAUCAGAGGAAGAUCCCGCCUACUGGGAAAGCUUUCAGAGAAAAAAGGACACGCCUUCAAGACAAAGUGAACAGCAGUGACCCCAGCAAGGCCAUCAGCUUCCUAUUCAGUGGCGGCUCGUGACUGCUCAUCCGAGGGGCGCAAAUUCAAAAUAAGUUUUGGGAGUGUCAUGUGUGUGCCUUCUGCACACGCGUCAAAACCGUUUAUGAUAAAAGAGACGUUCACAAAAUACACGCAAGACACUCCCUUAACAGUAAACUCUGAUUACGCAUGAGAUUAUGCAAGUGUCUGGCAAACGUGAGCGUCUCUUUUAUCAUAAACCCUUUAGACGCGUCUGCAGCAGGCACUUAUUUUGACAAGACACGUGAUGCACACAGGAUCACUUGACGUGCAGAACACAUAUUUUGAAAUUACGAACCACACACAUGACGGGCUACAUACAUGUUGUGACGAACUUCGCAUCGAGCGCCCUUGAAAAAAGAAGUCACCGGCUGCCACUGUUCCUAUUACCAUUUUAUUUUAUUUAUGUACUGAAGUCAUUAUGGAAAAUGAUCUAGUUUUGAAAAUAUAAAGUAAUGUAAAUAAAUAACUGAAUUUGUG